AUGCAGAUCGAUCCGGCCGCCUUGAGUCGCAGUGACUCUGCAAAUAACAAAGGCGUUGCGCCAAAUGGCGCAACCUCAAUCAAGACAUCCCGAGCUUUGGUAUCGGUGCCGCGGCUGGACCUGGAGCAUGCCUACACGGACUUGAAGGCCGCCAUCGGAGACAAGUGGAGCGAGUACAAGGAGUCCACAGCCCUUUUCCUACUAGGACAUUACAAUCAGAACGAAUACGCGUCACGAGUGGAUUAUUUCUUAUGUGCAGACCCGAAAAAUGAACAUCUACAUAACAACUUUGUAUGCGCGCUCAUCGGAAACCUCACGCGCGACCUCCCUGAUCAUGGCGUCGCAAACUGGGUAUCAGCCAACGAUAAGCCCUCGGCCGUGUCGAAACCCAUCUCCGGAGAUGCUGCGGAACAAAGGCUGAAGACGGAGGUCAUGCAACUACCUCCAAGGGACCGCCGGCGCAUCAAGGCAAUCACCGAGCGUGAUAACUACGAGACAUUGCCUACGGAGCUCGAGCAAUCUCAUCUGGUCAAGCAAAUCAAACUACCCAGUCAGGUCCCCGCAAGUGCAGGCGGGCUGAACAAAACCAACCCUAACAAAGGUUUCUUCACUUUAGACUGGGAACUGGAAAUUCGGAAACGAUAUGCCCAACCCCUCGCUGCAGAAACUGGUGAAUUUCCGGAUGCCGAAUCUAUCUAUUCACGCAUGGUCCCCAUAUGCUACGAAGAAUCCCUCCCCAGCGGUGCCGGUCUCCCCUGUGCAGAGUUCAUGGCCAUUGCAACGGAAACCUUUGUCAAGGAAGUACUAUCCGCAGUCUUCUCACGCACACGUUCGAACGGACCAUCGGGCACAAUUAACAACAUGAUGAUGCGCAAAUAUCGGCAACAGCUUGAAAUGGAAGAACUUGCAUAUACCCGAGGUGAGAUUGCGAAAGAUGCUGCGACAGGCUUGCUACCUGUUGAAGCACGCGAGGCCAAGGUUCGGAGACCCCUGGGUGUGAGAGACCUGCGACUCACUCUCGAGCUGGGCGGCGGUGUUCUCGGCCAUAUGCCCUUGAUUGUGGAUCAAAUCAUGGGCGGAUACUUUGAAGAUGAGCUCGAAACAGAAAAGCAAGAUCGUGUUGAGAACGGAGUGGAACCGCAUGAGGAUAUUAAACAACCCGCCGAAGACGAGAUGGACCUGGACGAAGAUGAGUCUCUCUUGGACUGGGAAGGAGGCGGUGUUGGUGACCGAGAACAGUUGAGCUCGUUGCUUGACGAGUGUCUGUCCAUGGCCGCAUGA